AUGCAUGUUGGCGUUUGAAAAAAUCUCUUUAAGUAGGGGUCUCUGUCUUUAACUUCAGACCGUUCACCAUUCAAUACUCAUUUCGUCAUCUGAGCUACCCGCCUCUGCUUCACAGUUCUCUUCUUCGUUCAGUGUAGCAAAGUCCUUUGAAAACCUCCAUUAAUGGCGGCUCUAAGGAGCUUACUCAGUAAAAGAUCUUUAACAUGCAACGAGAUGAUGAUGACAAGGAGGCUAGUCUCAACUGAACCAAUUAUCGAUUCUCCUUCUUUUGCUCAAAGACUUAGGGAUCUUCCUAAGGAUCUUCCUGGUACUAAAAUCAAGAGGGAAGUUUCCCAGCUAAUUGGAAGGACGCCUCUUGUUUUUCUUAAUAAAGUAACCGAUGGUUGCGGAGCUUAUAUUGCUGUGAAGCAGGAGAUGAUGCAGCCCACUUCUAGCAUUAAAGACAGACCGGCACUCUCCAUGAUCAACGAUGCGGAAAAGAAGAACUUAAUUUCUCCCGGAAAGACAACUCUGAUAGAGCCGACAUCCGGUAACAUGGGGAUAAGUAUGGCAUUUAUGGCAACCAUGAAAGGUUAUAAGAUGGUUCUGACUAUGCCUUCUUACACAAGCUUGGAGAGAAGAGUGACAAUGAGAGCAUUUGGAGCUGAUUUAAUCCUCACUGAUCCCACCAAAGGAAUGGGAGGAACGGUGAAGAAGGCUUAUGAAUUACUGGAGAACACGCCGAAUGCUUUCAUGUUGCAACAAUUUUCGAAUCCUGCCAACACUCAGGUGCAUUUCGAGACCACAGGCCCCGAGAUUUGGGAGGAUACACUCGGUAAAGUCGACAUCUUUGUGAUGGGAAUAGGGAGUGGUGGUACCGUUUCUGGCGUUGGACAAUACCUCAAAUCCCAAAAUCCUAAUGUGAAGAUAUACGGAGUGGAGCCUGCUGAAAGUAAUAUAUUGAAUGGUGGCAAACCAGGCCCUCAUCAUAUUACCGGCAACGGAGUUGGGUUCAAGCCAGAUAUACUGGACAUGGAUGUAAUGGAAAAAGUUCUCGAGGUCAGCAGUGAAGAUGCUGUAAAUAUGGCAAGGGAAUUGGCUCUGAAAGAGGGACUUAUGGUUGGAAUAUCAUCCGGGGCCAACACUGUUGCAGCACUCAGACUUGCACGAAUGGCGGAGAACAAAGGCAAAUUGAUUGUGACCAUUCAUCCGAGUUUCGGGGAGCGAUACUUGUCAUCGGUCCUGUUCCAGGAAUUAAGGAAAGAAGCCGAGAACAUGCAGCCGGUUGCAGUUGACUAAACGGUCUUCUGGUCUUCCGGCAGGGCGUAAGAGCUCUAUUUGGUAAAAACCAAAUGUUUCAACUGAAACAUUGGCAGACAAUGUUAGUAUGAAUCUCCUAUGAACCCAUUUGUGUAUCGUUUUCACUGUUGAAGUCUGUUUGAAAUGAAAUCGGUAAUAAUUGGAA